GGGGCUGGGCCGGAGGGAGGCGGAGGGACCGGUGUCGGCCGCCGCUGGCGCUGCCGCCGCUGCUUCAGUCUGUUCCCUGUGGCCCACGCGGGCCCCGUCGCGGCCAUGAUGAUCCACGGCUUCCAGAGCAGCCACCAGGACUUCUCCUUCGGGCCCUGGAAGCUGACGGCGUCCAAGACCCACAUCAUGAAGUCAGCGGAUGUGGAGAAGUUAGCUGAUGAAUUGCAUAUGCCAUCUCUCCCUGAAAUGAUGUUUGGAGACAACGUUUUAAGGAUCCAGCAUGGUUCUGGCUUUGGGAUUGAGUUCAAUGCUACAGAUGCAUUAAGAUGUGUGAACAACUACCAAGGAAUGCUUAAAGUAGCCUGUGCUGAAGAGUGGCAGGAAAGCAGGACGGAGGGUGAACACUCCAAGGAGGUUAUUAAACCGUAUGAUUGGACCUAUACAACAGAUUACAAGGGAACAUUACUUGGAGAAUCACUUAAGUUAAAGGUUGUACCUACGACAGAUCAUAUAGAUACAGAGAAACUGAAAGCCAGAGAACAGAUUAAGUUUUUUGAAGAAGUUCUCCUGUUUGAGGAUGAACUUCACGAUCAUGGAGUUUCAAGUCUAAGUGUGAAAAUUAGAGUAAUGCCUUCUAGCUUUUUCUUGCUGUUGCGGUUUUUCUUGAGAAUUGAUGGGGUGCUUAUUAGAAUGAAUGACACAAGACUUUACCAUGAGGCCGACAAGACCUACAUGUUACGAGAAUAUACAUCACGGGAGAGCAAAAUUGCUAAUUUAAUGCAUGUUUCACCUUCCCUCUUCACGGAACCUAAUGAAAUAUCACAGUAUUUACCGAUAAAGGAAGCAGUUUGUGAGAAGCUAAUAUUUCCAGAAAGAAUUGAUCCUAAUCCUGCAGACUCAAAAGAAUGUACACCUGUGGAAUAGCAUGUGUUACAACAUAUACUCACCGUGGAAUCUUACUGGAGACCUUGGAACUGUUUGGAGGGGGGUGUUUUUAUUAUGAGAAUUAAUUGCCUUGUCUAUGUGCAGAUUGUCUAGCCUUAAGGGAAAAAAAAAAGAUUAUUGCAGGCAGGUUCCACUUAACUGCUGUUUGUACUCUCUGUCUUCAAAUUCAUAUUCCAGAUUGAUACUUUCUGGAGUUAAAUUCAGAUUUCUAAAUUGUCACAAUGUGAGGUCUCACCAGUAGGGGGUGAUGUAUGUAUGUCUCAGGAGCAGUGGACGUAAUCUGCAUCUAUCAUGAAACACUAUCUUCUACCGUGAGGAGGUUAAUGUAAAUCACUGAGAUGUAACACCUUGUGAGUUUCAUAGGAUUCCUAAUCGUGCACGUUGAUGUAUUGGCCCUUUACCUUGGGCUUUUUCAUGUUUAUUCACACUUUGGGAGAGUCAUGACUUGCCUCCUAGGAAGUUUAUCCCAAGGAUCUGUACCCAGAAAAAAAAAAUUUUUUAACACCCCCCCCCCCCAAUUUGCAGUUUAAGGAAAGUUUCAGACAUAGAACCAAAUAACCUAGGCUUUUGGAGAACGUAAGGUGUUAUGUCCAUGGAAAUACAUGGAACAUGGUUUGCCACUGACAGGUAGGAUGUCAGAUCUGCCUCUCCUCCAUCUUUAGGUGCUUUUUUUUAUGUGUGGUUCUAUUUGUACUAACGUUUUUUACUUACAUCUUCCAUGCACCCUCAGAGUGAAUAAAUCCAUUGAAUAUUGAAUUUGGUAUUGGUCCUAAAAAGUUUGAGGAGUUAAUAUGGAUUGCUUUAAGCAAAAAUUAAAUCAAAUAAAGCAACUAGAUUAAUUUUUUUGCCUAAAAUAUCUGAAGGGUAGCUGUGGAGGAGGAGCAGCUUAUUUUAAAAUAUAAAGACCAGUUUUUCUUAAGAUUCAUGUUUUUAACAUUACAGGGGGAUCUAGUAAAAUGUAUUUAAUUAGUACAAGACCUAGGUAGUACAAAAAGUACACAAAAGUAAAUUUAAAAUCCAUUUGGUUAUUUUGAUGGUGACCCUUUAAACAUUUUAUAUUCUUUUCUGCUUUUCUAAAUGGUCUCCAUAAAGUAGAAAGUGAUUACAAAGCACCAAGUAAGAAAUUACCUUAAAUGGAUUUUUUUGAACUUUUAUUUUCAGGGCAGGGGAAAAAAUCGCCCCCUUUUUUUCUGGUUUGAAAUAACUAUUGUAUAUAUUUCCACUUGAUGCAUAAGUCAUUAAAGAAGACUAUUUAAUUGUGAGUAUUAGCAAAGGUCUUCAGGCAUUAGCCUGAAGAUGAAUUUUUGUGAAACAAACACAAUUGGACAUGCAUCAUUGCUUAGACUCUGGUCUGUUGUGUGUAUUGUUUUUUUGACUAACUUUAUUAGCUAAAUUUUGUCACAGAUGAUUUUGGUAUUUGUUUGCCUUCUGCUGCAUCACCUGCAAGGUAUAGGAAAUCAGGAUUUUAUUGGCUUUAAGAAAAUACAUGGCAUGUUCACUGUAUAUUAAAUAUACCUGUAUUUAAUGUUUUCUCUUAGGACAGAAGAGUGUAUAUAUUGUACUCCACUUUCUGUUUAUUUGCCGUGCAGAUUUGACAGAACAGAUUCUUUAGUCAUACAAAUUAUAAGCAGAAAACUUGUAAGAAUAUUCAUUAGUUGAAUUAGUUGAGGUUUCUGGGCAACAUCGUAUUCUAUAUAUAUUUUUAACUUGAUUCAGAUGUCUUAGUCCCCAAGUCAGUCUUAGAUUACUUAUCUUGAGAAUCCAUUGUUAAAAAUUGUAGGGAAUUAAAAGAAUUGGCCUUUUUAUUGAGAGAGGGAGGUGGAUAGGAUGAGUGUGCUUCUGAAAACUUCAUUAGUUUAUUCACAUGGAGAAUACCAAGAAAACUUGUAUUUGUUCAUUGCUAAAUAAGGCAUACACCAUUUUAUAUUUAUUUGUUCCAAGUGUCUUUUUGUAAGAGAAUAAACAAUAAGUAAUUAC